AUGAACGACAAAUCAGGGCAUCAAACCUCGACACAAAACAUUAUUCAUAAACGCAACAUGGAUGGAAUCAUCACCAGCUGCACAGUUCCCAACACAGUUGCCUUGACAUUCGACGAUGGUCCUUACUACUACACACCUCAAUUGCUCGAUUACUUGGACUCCUGGGGUGUCAAGGCGACAUUCUUUAUGAAUGGGGACAGCGUCGGCAAAAUUGAGAAGUUCAAGGACGUUGUGGAGCGGGUGUACAAUGACGGACACCAGAUUGCGUCACAUACCUGGGGCCAUGCAGACUUGAGCUUGUUAUCUUUGCACGAGAUCGCCUUCCAGAUGACUCGACUCGACACUGCCCUGAAGGACAUAAUUGGUGUGCGUCCAGUGUACAUGCGUCCUCCCUACGGAAGCGUCAACGACGUGAGCCUGGAUUACCUGAACAGUAAAGGAUACAAGAUCAUCAAGUGGACAAUUGACACAAACGAUUGGAAACACGACGGCGAUGCCACAGCAUCGAUGGGCCCGUACGAAGAAGCGCUGUCGAGCUUCGACGCACAUGACAGGGGGUUUAUUUCGCUUAUGCACGACACACAUCCAACAACGGUCGCUCAUUUGGUACCUGCGGCCAUCCAGUACGCACACGACCGUGGCUUCAAGAUGGUGACCGUAGGCGAAUGCUUGGGCUAUCCGCGGAGCAAGUGGUACAGAAACUAG